AUGGUCCAGAUUGCGAUCAUUGGCGUCAUCCUGAUGACGAACCUCGGUGUAACCAUCUUUGCUGUCAAAAGUUAUGGAAGCCGAAAUGGGGUUGGGUUGAUUUACGAGGGCGAAUGCUCAACCGUAAAGCGACUGGAUCAGUGGUUGCAUUUGCUCAUCAACCUGUUGGGAACCGGUAUGCUCUCGGCUUCAAAUUAUUGCAUGCAGCUGCAGGCCGCGCCAACACGCGAAAACGUGGACACAGCGCACGCGAAACACAAGUGGUUAGAUAUCGGCAUUCCCAGCCUACGGAACUUGAAGUACCUCACAGAGUCCAACCGAGCUGGCGACUGGGGUUGGGAUGACACCCGAGUCAAUCCCUCGAACUUGGACUACGAAGACGUGAUACGAGAAAUACAGAGAAACGCAUCCACCUAUGAAGAACGCAACAUAUCUGCAUGUUUCGACUUAUACGACAAUUACUUUAAUCCUCAGGGAAACGUGAUUGUGCUGGUCAAGAAUGAGUCUUUGCAGAACCCACCAGAGGACAGCCUGCUCAUGUACGUUUCCAUCGUCCCUCGUUUGGAUGACUGGGCAAAAAACAUGUGGGCUCUCGGUAAUGGUACCGGUCGCUUUGUGGCUUUGUCACCUACCAAGCCCGUCACCAAAUGGUUUCUUGGGCCCCCGCAUUACGAAGUGUCUCGAUGUGUCGUACAGCCACCAGAAGGCCUCAGCGCAAAUUGCAGGUUUGAAUAUUCGCCUCCUAUCAUGUUCACCAUUUGCAUCAUGAACUUGAUCAAGGCUGCCAUCAUGCUCUCAAUAUGGGCCCUAAGGAGGUGGCAAAAUUCGAAGAAGCAGAACCAAGCAAAAGAGGUCUUGUACACCUUGGGCGAUGCUAUCGCUUCUUUCAUGCGGGAGCCAUGCGAGCAAACUGUCGAUAUGGGACUUACGACAAAGUAUGACUUCUUGACUACUCGGACGUUAAAGAACCGCUUCGUAAGAUCUCCUCCUGCAAUACUCCAAGAAAAGCCUCAGCCGCGGGGAUUUGAAGGGAAAGCAAAGCAGUGGAGAUCAUCUGCCAGUCUUAGACGCUGGGUCGUCAUGUUAGCCAUGUGCCUCCUCGUAAUUAUAAUCGCUUCUGUCCUUCUUACGAUGUCGUUUGUAAGCCUAAGACAACGAGGUUUCGGGGUCAAGAUACCAGACUUAUGGAAGCUUGGCUUUGGUGCCUUGACUCCGUAUACCUAUUUAGUGAUUGACAUGCCUCGUACAGAUCCAGGAGGGUUGAUUGCCAAUGUGCUACUGGCCAAUUUGCCUCAACUCGUCCUCUCGGUCCUCUACAUCAUCUACAACACCAUGCUUAGCACAUUCCUAAUGCAAAGAGAAUUCAGUCGUAUGUGGGAUCCGAAAAACCGGAAGCCGCUACGAGUUUCUGAGCCGAUUGGAAUUCAACGAUCAAGUUAUUUUAUUUCCUUGCCCCUACGAUAUGGGAUUCCCCUCUACGCUAGCUCGGGUAUUCUGCACUGGCUAGUGUCACAGAGCCUUUUCCUGGCACGGAUUCGAGCUAUAUCCACAGACGGAAGUGACGAUGAUGUCAAUUCCUUCUCGACAUGUGGCUAUAGUCCCAUAGCAGUUUUUGUCACAUUGCUUGCGGGGCUCCUUCUCGUUGUCAUCAUUAUCGGCAUGGGGCUGCGGCGCUAUGAUGGCACAAUGCCUAUGGUGUCGACGAAUAGCCUUGCAAUAAGUGCUGCUUGCCAUGUAUUGGAGAAGGAUCGGGACGGCGGUUACUUACUGCCUGUCCAGUGGGGCGUUCUCAAGAUGACUGGGGGCGUGGGGAAGUGUGCUUUCACUACAGCCGCGGCAGACACGGUUAAAGUCCCAGAGACCGGUCUAGAUCGAGUCUACAAGUGA